CAUAGCCAUGCACACCUUUCAACACUUAUGUUAAAACAACACACCCCUAUAAUCCACUCAUGCAUACACACUCCACACUACGGACUUACUGACUUCCACAUCCCAUACUUUUAUUAUAAUGUGAGCACUUGGAUUGGAUUGGUUUGAUUAAAAUACUUAUUUUGAUUGGGAAACUGUUGUCUCCCGUGUUUUUGUUGUGUAGCCUGGCGCCCCUAGGCCAGGUGCGUAACAAAGUGGGGGCUCGUCCAAUAAAUUGUUUGUACAGUGAGUUUGGAGCGUCGAUUUAGUCUCCCUCCUGUAUUGGAUUUGUGAAUGGAGUGACGUUAGUUGGGAAUCUUUCCGGGAGGUUCCGUCGUUCCAUUGUUUGGUCAACAGUCCGGUGAGUAGACAAAGCAAUGUUACAGGCUUGUUUUUCAGACUUUGGGGAGAUGCAGUUAAUUGUUAUGAGUUGAAUUAAUCUGUUUAAAUUUGAGUUAAUUUGAUUAGGUUUGGUUAUUUCAGUACAGUACGGUAGCUGUUUGGUUCAUUUUGUGCGGUUGGAGACUUGUUUAUUUCUGGUAGUUGUGCAGCUAAGUAAACGUCAUUUGGGACGCCAACAGUUGCCUGGCUGGUUGUUUAUUUUUAUUAUUUUUUUUUUUGUAUUUGUUUGAUACGAGUGUCCCUGGUAGGUGCGCUUAGCUGCCUGGGUAAAAUAGCUCGUUGGUUUAGGCCGGGGGGUGGCUAGGUGCGUCAGGUGCGGCAGUAGCGAGAAGUUCGUACUGAAUAUCUCGACUCGGGGGCACGGCUAAGGGGGGCAUGCGGGUCGCCAGUUAUUGGUUGCCUUUCCUCCCCUUUGGUAUGAGCUAGGCCUUUGCGGUGGCCUUCAGUGCGUAGAAAUCCUCCGCAACCGGCACACGAAGAGGGUGGAGUUAGCUGGGGUUUAUAUAGGCUAGGGGGACACUUGUAUUGUAUUUAGUUUGUUUGGUUUGCCAGCUAGGAGGCUCUUAAAGCGCACAAUACCCAGGAUGGUGUCAGUGGAUGACGUUGUUCAGUCUCCCUCGGUGGAGCUCUUAAAUCAAUGCACCAAAGACCAAUUGCUGAACGUUGCAGAUCGUUUUGGGUUGAAAAUUGAAGCUAGUGAUAGAAGGUUAAAGGAGACAUUGUUGGAAGUUUUGAAAAGAGAGCUAUGUGGUAUAGCGGUUUCAACUGAGGAACGGGAUAAGAAAGAGGAGGCGUCUCUUUCUCCCGCAGUAGGUGCCGCAAUGGAGGUGCCUUCACCAGCAGCUAUGUCAGGGUUGACGUUCGACCAACAAAAAGAAUUAAUCAUUUUGCAAGCGAAAUUACAAACUGAUCGGGAACAACUUAGGCUAGAUAGUGAGUAUGCUAUUGAAAAAAUGAAACAGCAGACAGAACUGGCUAAGUUGCAGGUAGAGCAAAAUAGACUGGACUUGAUAGGGGAUGGCAAGAUUUCAGCGGCUGCACAAGUGUUUUCAGAACCUGCAGAACGGUCUGCAGGGGGGUUUGACAUUAGUGGCAAUCUACGUCUGGUGCCCAAGUUUUCCGAACGUGAUCCUGAGGCAUUCUUUGCCAUGUUUGAGAGGGUGGCAGAUGUGCGUAAAUGGCCUGACUCGGCGCGCACAUUGAUGCUGCAGUGCGUCUUAACAGGCAGGGCGCAAGAGGUUUUUUCGGCUAUGAAUGCGGCUGACAGUCAAGAGUAUGCCCGUGUUAAGGCGGUGGUACUGAAGUCAUAUGAGCUCGUUCCUGAGGCGUAUAGGCAGCGGUUUCGAUUUUGGAAGAAACAUGACAGACAAAGUCAUUUGGAAUUUGCACGUGAUUUGACGACGAGCUUUAACCGCUGGUGUAACGCCUCGGAGGUGGAAGAUUUCGAAGGCUUACAAGAUUUGAUGAUUUUGGAGCAGUUCAAAGAUUCUGUUCCAGCUCGUGUGGCAACAUAUAUCAGUGAGCAGAAAGCACGCAACGCAGCAGAUGCGGCGGCGCUCGCAGAUGACUUUGUUUUAACGCACCGUGGAGAGUUUAGAGCGGGCGGUGGCAAUUAUGUUGCUGCCAGUGAGUCGCAUGGCCGAUUUAAUAAACCUCUGCCUGUCGAUUCCAGAGCUAACGCCAACAACAGUAGGGAUGAUGUGCGUGACUCGGGGAAGGUUUGCCAUCACUGUAACAAAUGGGGGCACUGGAAAAAAGAUUGCUUCUUGUUAAAUUCCCCUAAGGCGGGUCAUUGGGAACCAAAAGGGGUUGCUACGGCAGCUCCAGUUCGUCCGGUGUCCACUUGUGUUACACCUACUUUCGGUUCAAAUGAGGAUACAUCGGUUGUAGCUCUGAAUUCUUACCGUCCAUUUAUCAUGCAGGGGACUGUGUCUUUGGUGCAAGGUGGGGAAGAAGUACCGGUAACUAUUUUGAGGGACACUGGGGCUUUUGAUUCAUUCAUUCAAGCUGGUAUUCUACCUUUGACUAAUGUUUCUGACACUGGUGAUAAGGUUCCUAUCCGGGGCUUAGACAUGAAUAUUUUGUUGGUUCCCUUGCAUAAUGUUGUCCUAAAAUGUGAACUGUUCCAGGGAGAAGCAAAGCUCGCUGUGCGCCCAGCACUGCCUAUUCCGGGUGUGACGCUGAUCCUGGGCAACGACCUGGUGGGUGCUAAGGUCUGGGCUGGGGUCCCGCCGCUGCCGGCAGUGGUGACCUCUGUUCCCUUGGUAACGGAGGAAGCUGAUGAAUGUGAACAUGACUUCCCAGAGGUUUUUACAGCGUGUACGGUGACCCGUGCAAUGGCUAAGUUAAAAGAGAAAUCUCAUUUAAAUGAUUCAAUUAAGGCAAAAGUAUCUGAAAAGUUUUCGAUACCUCUUUCUGAUUUUCCAUUGUCCAUAACCCGUUCAGAUCUGGUUGCGGAACAGCAGGCUGAUGCCUAUCUGAAGGAGAUAUUUCCAUUGGUACGGCCAGAGGAGGAGCUGUUUGACAGUGCUUGUGGGUAUUUUCUGAAGGACUCAUUGUUGGUGAGAAAAUGGCUGUCACAUAAAGGAAGGUUUGUGGGUGAACCAGUGUUCCAAAUUGUGUUGCCAGAGAAACUUCGCCAGUCAGUGUUAAAAGUAGCGCAUAAUGAAUCUGGACAUGCUGGUGUGAGAAAAACUUAUGAUAGACUACUUAGGCAUUUCUUUUGGCCUCGUAUGAGGAGAGAUGUGUCAGCAUUUGUCAAAACUUGUCAUACAUGCCAGUUAACUGACAAACCUAAUCAAAAGUUGAGGUCCGGUCUCCGUUGGUCCUUUUUGCCUCCGUCUGUCUUGCACCCCUUAAAGUGCUUCCGUGGUACCGGUUGCUGGGGUGGAGGCCUGUGACAGUGGGCAGGCGGCCAUUGGAGUAGAGGUUGGGUAUGAUAGAGAGUAGAUGGUAUAUAUUUAUCUAAUGUUAAAUGGGUUGCCGGUGAUCCCUUUGGGACUCCGUCUUUAUGGGGGGGGGUGUGACGGUUCCCUGUAUGUUGUGUCUUCCAUUUGUUUCUAGGACUGGGGAGCAGAGACCUAGGCCUACUUAAUUGGUCAUUAGGAGUGAUUGGCGUGCACCUGGGCCCGGGUGCCAACGCCCUAUAAGAGUCUGCUUCCCCAGUCCUUCCCUCUCGGUUCUUUUCAGCUCCAUAGCCAUGCACACCUUUCAACACUUAUGUUAAAACAACACACCCCUAUAAUCCACUCAUGCAUACACACUCCACACUACGGACUUACUGACUUCCACAUCCCAUACUUUUAUUAUAAUGUGAGCACUUGGAUUGGAUUGGUUUGAUUAAAAUACUUAUUUUGAUUGGGAAACUGUUGUCUCCCGUGUUUUUGUUGUGUAGCCUGGCGCCCCUAGGCCAGGUGCGUAACAAAGUGGGGGCUCGUCCAAUAAAUUGUUUGUACAGUGAGUUUGGAGCGUCGAUUUAGUCUCCCUCCUGUAUUGGAUUUGUGAAUGGAGUGACGUUAGUUGGGAAUCUUUCCGGGAGGUUCCGUCGUUCCAUUGUUUGGUCAACAGUCCGGUGAGUAGACAAAGCAAUGUUACAGGCUUGUUUUUCAGACUUUGGGGAGAUGCAGUUAAUUGUUAUGAGUUGAAUUAAUCUGUUUAAAUUUGAGUUAAUUUGAUUAGGUUUGGUUAUUUCAGUACAGUACGGUAGCUGUUUGGUUCAUUUUGUGCGGUUGGAGACUUGUUUAUUUCUGGUAGUUGUGCAGCUAAGUAAACGUCAUUUGGGACGCCAACAGUUGCCUGGCUGGUUGUUUAUUUUUAUUAUUAUUUUUUUUGUAUUUGUUUGAUACGAGUGUCCCUGGUAGGUGCGCUUAGCUGCCUGGGUAAAAUAGCUUGUUGGUUUAGGCCGGGGGGUGGCUAGGUGCGUCAGGUGCGGCAGUAGCGAGAAGUUCGUACUGAAUAUCUCGACUCGGGGGCACGGCUAAGGGGGGCAUGCGGGUCGCCAGUUAUUGGUUGCCUUUCCUCCCCUUUGGUAUGAGCUAGGCCUUUGCGGUGGGAGCAGCGUGUCCACGUGGUUCUGGGCCAGACUGCGCAGCACCGUGAGCCCUUCCAUCUUCUCCUGCCUGCGUUCAGAACCACAGCAGCUUCUCCUCCAGCUCGGGCUCAGCGGUCAGCCUCUGGUCGGGGAAACAGCGGCCCCCGUUCAUCUGCCUCUUCCCAGAGGGCCCGGCCUCUUCCCCUGCCUGGUGGGGGGACGGGCCCCGGAGCUUCUCCCGGGGGAUCCUGCCGUUCCUCAGACGCUCCUGCACAGGGGGAAACGGGCUCAACGCGUACUUACCUCUGCCCGCCACGCCUUCAGGAACGUCAGAGGCCGGCGGGCUGCCUGGGGCCUGGGACCUCUGGCCGUUGGCGAACUGGGAGCGCUCCGUCCCAGAGAGGUCCGCCUCGGCGCCUCCGAGCGCCCGGCAGCGGGCGGAGGCAGCGGCGUUCCAGGAAGAGGGGGCGGAGCUCAGCGGGGCGUCCCACAGAUCCACUGUGAAGGACACUGUUUAAAAGUACACGUUAAGCAUACUUUAAAGCAACAAAUAUACUUGGAAUAACUUUUGUAUGCUUCAAUUAUAUUUGUACUACA